AAAACAAAAAAAAAAAGCAAAGAAGAAGAAAGGAAAGCUCUCUCUUUCAAGCUUUCAAUUCAACAAUCGCAAGCGUAUUUGACUUCCCCUUUUCAGAAAAGAGGAAAAAAAUUGAAAUAUUUUCUCAUGUUUUUUAAAUUGUCAAUUUCCGAGUAGAAAAAUUUUCUAUAUAUUUGUAAAUACUGUUGUUCAAAAUUUAUUCUCUUCAAACAAAUUCUUCCUUUCCAUUCCUUGGUUUUUCUCUUUUGUAUGUAUAUAAAUAAUGUUUAGAAUCAAAGAAAUUGCUUUGCUUUUUAAGUCUUACUCUUGAGAUCCCAAUUGGGUCUCUUCUAAUAUAAUUCAUUGGUUUUUGAUGGCAAAAAACCCCUUGUUGGGUUUUUUAAGAGAAAUUUAUUGGGUUUUUAUUAGGGAAAAAUAAAAAUUCAUUGUGUCAUUGAAGAAACUGUUUGGAUCCUGAGAAAAACUCUGGGUUUUGUUACUUUCUAGAGAAAAUUAGUGGGUUGGUUUCGUAUCUGAGAAAAUCGUUGUUUCCUUGGAGGAAAAUACUUGGUUUUGAUUUUUAAUUAAUAAUAAAAAAAUUUUUUUUUGGAAUCGAUCUGGGUUGGUCGAAAGCCAUGGUAGUUUCAACAAUAGCUCUUUACGCGAGUCCACCUAGCAGCGUGUGCUCCACGCCGCACCAAAUCAAUAUCAAUUCUCACGGUUCCUACGAUUUCGACUUGAAUUCAAGAUCUUCAUCGUCGACUUCCUCAGCAACGGCUUCCUCUUCUUCGCACAGACCAAUUGUCGGUGGCCUAUCCUGCCUCUUCUCCUCACCUUCGUUAAAAUCAAGCUUUUCUAGCAAUGGAGGAGAAGAUUUAGGGUCAUAUAGAGGGGAAGAAUUGAAGGAAUUAAGCAGUUCAUUUUGUUAUUCAUCGAGUAAAUUCGGUGGGUCUUCUUUAAAAAGCAAUCAGAGCCCAGUAUCGGUCUUUCAGGGCCCCGUUUCGUGUAGUAGCAGUAGCCCUCCGAUGAGAAUUGUUCGUGGUGGUAGUAAUGGAUUGUUCAAUGGAUUCAUUAGGGGUGCGUUAGGGUCUUGUAUUGGUUAUGAUUCUCCGAGUUUUGAGUCGCAAAGUAGUGGUUGUGUUGAUGAAUUGCCGUUUACCAUGGAGGAUAACUUCAUGGAGGAAGUGGAUUCGAAUCCUUAUGCUAAGGAGUUGCUUUUAGGUGCACAAAUGAGGCACAAAAUUUUUUGUGAAGAUUUUGUAGUCAAAGCAUUUUAUGAAGCCGAGAAGGCGCAUAGAGGGCAGAUGCGUGCAAGUGGUGAUCCUUAUUUGCAACAUUGUGUGGAAACUGCAGUGUUGUUGGCAUCCAUUGGUGCUAACUCCACGGUUGUUGCUGCAGGGCUUUUACAUGACACCCUAGAUGAUUCAUUUUUGAGCUAUGACUAUAUUUUUACGGCAUUUGGUGCUGGGGUUGCUGACUUAGUUGAAGGGGUCUCCAAGCUUAGCCAACUGAGUAAGCUAGCACGAGAUAAUAAUACAGCAAGCAAAACUGCUGAAGCAGAUCGCCUGCACACCAUGUUCCUUGCCAUGGCAGAUGCAAGAGCUGUUCUCAUUAAAUUGGCAGAUCGGUUGCACAACAUGAUGACCUUAGAUGCUCUUCCUUUGCUCAAGCAACAGAGGUUUGCUAAGGAAACUUUGGAAAUAUUUGCACCUUUGGCCAAUCGAUUAGGAAUCUCUAGUUGGAAAGAGCAACUAGAGAAUCUAUGUUUCAAGCAUCUCAAUCCAGAUCAGCACAAGGAACUGUCCUCUAGGCUUGUUGACUCCUUUGAUGAGGCGAUGAUUACUUCUGCUAUAGAGAAACUUGAGAGAGCUCUUAAGGAUAAAGAAAUUCCGUAUUAUGUCCUCUCUGGACGACAUAAAGGCUUAUAUAGCAUUUAUUUAAAGAUGUUGAAGAAAAAGUUGACUAUGGAUGAAAUUCAUGAUAUUCAUGGACUACGUGUCAUUGUUGAAAAUGAGGAAGACUGUUAUGAGGCAUUGAGAAUAGUCCACCAGUUAUGGUCUGAAGUACCUGGAAAGCUGAAAGACUAUAUAACACACCCUAAAUUUAAUGGGUAUCAGUCCUUGCACACAGUAGUGAUGGGUGAAGGCACGGUUCCACUGGAAGUUCAAAUUCGAACAAAGGAGAUGCAUUUGCAAGCUGAAUUUGGAUUUGCAGCUCAUUGGAGAUAUAAGGAGGGUGACUGUAAGCACUCCUCAUUUAUACUUCAGAUGGUUGAGUGGGCUCGAUGGGUUGUGACUUGGCACUGUGAAACCAUGAGCAAGGACCAAUCUUCAAUUGGCUAUAGUGAUUCAGUCAAACCACCCUGCACAUUUCCUACUCAUUCUGAUGAAUGCCCGUUUUCUUAUAAGCUUCACUGCCGCCAGGAUGGACCUGUCUUUGUCAUCAUGAUUGAAAAUGAUAAGAUGUCGGUGCAAGAGUUUCCUGCAAACUCAACAUUGAUGGAUUUGCUGGAAAGAGCCGGGCGGGGAAACUCAAGAUGCUCUCCAUAUGGGUUUCCUGUCAAGGAAGAAUUGAGGCCAAGGCUGAACCAUGAGCCAGUGAGUGAUCCUACAUGCCGGCUGAAGAUGGGUGAUGUGGUGGAGCUAACACCAGCCAUUCCUGACAAGUCUUUGACAGAGUACAGGGAAGAGAUACAGCGCAUGUAUAACCGAGGUCUCCCAGUUUCCAGUGCUGGCCCUCCAGCUAGUAGUAUGGUUGCCACAAGAAGUUGACCCUGUUUUAAUUGUUUCUUUACGCUAAACCCAAAAAAGAGAAAAAAGGGAAAGCAAUGGGUUUUCUUGUAUGUAAAUGGCAAAAUAUUUGUACAGAACAAGCGAUAUAUGGUUCUGUUACUAGGAAACAUUGACUAACAGGAUUCAACAAAGAAUUAAACGAUUGAAUUUCUCA